ACUCUUCUGAACCUGGACCCUGCUUUUCCUCUGCUCUUCUCUCAGUUGCCGUACGCCAGAGCUCCCCCUUCCGUGGCCAACCAUAUCGGGUGAGGUUUUAUGCCCUCUAUUCCAUGUUUUCUAGCCCCGGCAGCCACCCUGUACUUGCUCGUUUCCAAGCUGUGUUCCAGCGAGCUUCUCUGUAGUUCUUCGCUCUCAGCCUGUCCGGUCCUGCGUACUUCAGCACCGUUCUCCAGCCGUCCAAGCUCCACCUCGUCGUCGUCCUGCUGUUUCAGCGUCGUAUCCCUCGACCUCAUCGCAGCAGCACCGGUGCUCUUGUCGUCGCUGAGCUCUUGGCGUGUCGUGACAUCAUCGUCGCUUUCUCGCCGACCGCGCUCGACCCACAGCUCCUUUGCGUCGUCGUCUUCGACAACCCACAGCCUCUGCUCCGAUCUCGUCGCACUUCGCACUCCUCACACCCGGCAAGCCGUCGUGCUCGGCGUGUUUUCUCUGUGCGGCCUUACGGGUUCCUCUCGCUUCAUUGGCUUGUCGCGUGUUAGAGCAGAGCUCCCUGAAGAAGUGGACAUCAAAGAGAAAUUUGCUCCAUUACCUGAAUACCCAUUGGUGAGGUUCCAUCUAACUGGUGAUCUGGUAGAAGAAUUUUGGAUCUUCUUUGCAACAAAGGAGAAGUUAUAUUCCCUUAUCUUUGGGUUAAUUACUUCAUGUGGAGGACUUGAAGAUUAGAAGGUUUUUAUAUCUCUCUUAUGGAAAGGCUUCACCCUUCCAAUUAUUGUAGUUAAGUUAUGCCCUUCGAGUACUAUCAGGACUUGUAAUAAAUACAUCUCUUUCUACCA